AUUACUUAUUAUAAUCCUCAAGUAUCACAAUGGGGCCCAGAAUUAAUAGCCCAAGAGUAUGAAGCUAAACAGACAGCACGAGUCUUAUUGUUUGUCAUUGACAACCAAACGCGCAACAGCGCGGGCAUUAUUGAAGCAGCUCAACUGGCAGCUACACGUAGCGAAUCCUUAGUUCUUGUCAUUUAUCCGUAUCGUCAGGGACAGACUAUACUUGGAGAGACAGUUUCUACACAGGAAUAUUACGAUUUGAUGAAUGGAUUGUUAGUACUUCAAUAUUUGAUGGAAAGACAAAGGAUACCGAUAUUUGAGAGUGUAUCAGUUGCCCUUCACUGUACAUCCAGGAUGUUACGUGAAGAGAUCAAUGUGCAAGAUUGUAUGGAUUUGUAUACCGAGGAUGGCAUUAAACCUAUAAGAAUCUCGCUUACUCAGAAUGGAACGGAUGCAGUAAAGUUACGGGAAAUAUUUAGAUCUAUGGAUGUUAAUGAUAGUGGUACAGUAAAAUUAGAGGAAGCUUGGAUGAUGUUGCAGGCAAAUACAAUGUGUAAUAACCUGUCUUUCUCGGAUCUGCUCAACGCUCAAUCUGUGAAUAAGUCUGAAAUAUACAAAACAUUGAUAGACGAUGGAUUUUUAGCAAAAGAUGACCCGACUGAAUUGCGAAUCAAUUUCGAGCAAUUUUGCAUACUAGCCAGCAAGUCAUCGUGGAUACGGACGAAGAGUAACGGCAUUUCUUGUGAAAAUUGGACCAAUUCCUUUGUACAAGAAUAUGAUAAAAGAGACAUUUAUAUUGGUGUAGUUAGCAAAGAUUUGUUUUGGUUAGAAUCUUCUGCUAUACCGUUGAUAGAGUCAUUGAGGUUGUCACUGUAUCAACCAAAUCUAAACGAAUAUAAUGUAAGAGUAUUGCCACAAGAGUUGCAAAAGAUAAAGAACUCUCGAUUGAUCCUAUUAAUCGUACCACAGCAUUCACGUGGCAUUGCUAUUAUGGCGUUGGCAGCUCACUUGAUUGGAUUGCGCGCUAAGCUCGUUCUGUGUGUCCAAAUUCUUGCUGAAGAUUCUAUCGUGUCCGAUGAACAAGUACGACUGAUUUUAUACAAGACAUUUUAUACAAGAUCCCAUAAAAGGCGUAACAACGCUUAAGAGUAGAUUUCUGAAAUCAUUUUCUGAGAUAAAUAUCAAAAUGUCGAGGCUACAGUACUAUUUUUAGAAUUAUAAACAUUUAAAGUUAGCAAAUAAAGUCGCCAAAGUUUGCUCAGAUGUGAUAUAAUGCCACAAUACGCAAAACGAAAGCUGACUGUCGUUCCAUUGUCCCUAAAAUUGAUAUAAAGCAAAAAUAAUGAGUUAUUUUAUGAUAUUCACAUAAAUAUACUGUCUGAGUAGAUUAUAUCUUACUGGAAAAAAAAA